GAGGCCUAAUGACACAUCUGGGGAGGUGAUGUGGCCAAGUUCAUGGUCGUCGAUCAAGGUCGCAUAAAAUCAAGCCGUAUCACAUAUGUUUAGCACCUAAAGUACGUUUUCGGCAUUCAUGUCUUUCAACUAAUGUUGUCCAACCUUUGUUACCCCAUGUACAGGAGAUGCUGGUGGCGGGCACUUUUACUAGUUGUAUAACGAUAGAGUGGUUGAUGGCGGAGCUCAUAAAAAACCAACGAGUUCUGCACAAACUUCAACGUGAGAUUGAAAAUACGGUCGAUGGAGAUAUUAAAAAUGCCUCCUCCCAUCACAUGCCUUUCUUGCAAGCUUGUCUCAAAGAGACAUUAAGGCUGCAUCCCCCAACUUUGUUUGGUGUACCACGUCGUGCGUUAGAGACUUGUACAGUAAAGAACUAUGUCAUACCCAAGGAUUCUGUGAUUCUCAUAAACAAUUGGGCACUGGCGAGAGACCCAAUGACUUGGGACGAGCCUUUGAAGUUUAAGCCAAAGAGGUUUUUGGAGUCCAAGUUAGAGUUGACGGGAAAUCUUCAGUUUCAAUUUCUUCCCUUUGGGGCUGGGAGAAGGAUCUGUCCGGGACUUAAUUCAGCUACUACUCAUAUUGGGCGUAUCGUGUCAUUAUUGGUGCAUUCUUUUGAUUGGGUACUUCCAGAGGGAAUCAAACAAAAUGAUCUCAACAUGACUGAGAAAUUGGUGCUAACAGUGUACAUGAAAGAACCAUUGUCGUUGAUUCCUAGAUCAAGAAGUUCACAGUAA